AUGGCGUCGUCGUUGCCGUCUUCUUCUUGUUGGCAUUCCAUGGUGUUGGUGGCCAUGUUGGUGGUGGUGGUCGUGGAUCAGAUGGCCAUGGCGUACAUGUACGACGACAUCGAGAUCGUGUGGGGCGACGACCACAGCUUCUUCUACAUGGACGACGCCGGCGACGACGAGAUCCUCGCGCUCUGCCUCGACCAGACCCACGGCUCGGGGUUCCACUCCAAGGAGGCGUACCUCUACGCCCGCUUCGACGUCGACCUCAUGCUCGUCCCCGACAACUCCGCCGGCACGGUCACCACGCUAUACCUGAUGCCGGAGGACGUGCCGUGGGAUUACCACGACGAGGUGGACCUGGAGUUCCUGGGCAACGUCACCGGCGAGCCCUACACGCUCCACACCAACAUCUUCGCCAACGGCGUGGGCAACCGCGAGGAGCAGUUCCGCCUCUGGUUCGACCCCGCCGCCGGCUUCCACACCUACUCCAUCGACUGGAACCCCAAGCGCAUCACGAUCCUGGUGGACGGCGUGCCGAUCCGGAGCUUCAGGAACAAGGAGGAGCACGGGGUGCCGUUCCCGACGUGGCAGAAGAUGCGGCUGCACGGGAGCCUCUGGAACGCCGACGACUGGGCGACGCAGGGGGGCCGCGUCAAGACAGACUGGUCGGAGGCGCCAUUCUUCGCCCACUACCGCAACCUCCGCGUGUCCUGGUGCCGGCCGCCGCCGGGGGUGGCGUGGUGCGGCGACGAGCCGCCGGGGUCGACGUGGUUCGACCGGGGCCUCGACGCGGCGGCGCUGCGGCGGGCGCGCGACGCCCACAUGAUCUACGACUACUGCAAGGACGUCCAGCGGUACAGGUGGUCGGGGCUCCCCAAGGAAUGCGUCGUGGAGUAG